AUGAAAUUCCUACGCUCGUUAUUACCGUCGUUGGUUCUCCUAGGUGUAACUGCUGUGGAGGCAGCUUCGUCAUGGUCUUUCGACGAGGCAAUUGUAUCCAUUAGCUCCAAAGGAGGAGCUGGAGGUGCAUUUAAGGACAAACUUUCCGACCAUGUCCCCCUUUCGAAACCCGUAACAUUGGGCGCGCAAGAUACUCUCAAAAUCAUAUUGACAGCUACUGAAGAUGGCAAGGCGAAGCGGCCACACCAGGCCUUCUUGCUCCUCAGAGACCAAGAUACUGGGCUAGAAACGACGUUUCCAUUUUCCUUGAAGGAUACUGGAAAAGGGAAGGUGGAUUUUACACAAAAAGAUCUCCCAGUCCAACUUCUACACUCCUCCAGACCUUUACGUGCAACUCUACUCCUCGCCUCGUUCGGCACCUCCCAGGCAUUCAGCAACCAUGUAUUCAACUUGAAUGUGAAGCUAGACCCAAGUGUUGCUCAGCCGAAAUACGAAAAGCCAUUGAGAUACGGAAAGCUCGCUGAGAUCAACCAUAUCUUCAAAGCAGACCCUAAGAGUGGUCCCGUUGUGAUUUCUCUAUUCUUCGUCCUUGCGAUUGUGGCUACUGUGCCUAUUCUUCUUGGAACGUGGGCGUAUCUCGGAGCAAACCUUGAGCACCUCUCGAAAGCAACAGCUACAGCGCCGAUAUCUCACGGACUUUUCUUCGCCUCCAUUGUCUGCAUGGAAGGGAUUUUCUUCCUAUACUACUACAAAUGGAAUUUAUUCAAGACUCUGCCAGUUGCGGGAGUAGCUGGCUUGGUCGCUUUUGUGAGUGGAAGCAAGGCACUGUCUGAAGUGCAGAGCAGACGUCUUGCCGGUGAGCGGUAA